CCUCCAAACACCGUAAGGUUCUUCGAAGACAGUAACUUCAAUUGACCGUUCAAUUCGUUGUACCGUCGAUAAACAAUCAUGUCUUUGUACGACAGAACUCCUAGUCGCAGGCCGGGUGCUCCUGUCGCGCCUUCGCCGUCUUUCCGUGACUCUCCCACUCCGGGAGCUGCCUCAGAUUUGGGUUCCACCUUGAGCGACACUCGCAGGCGUCAGAAUAAGAAGGAUGAGGCUAUCCGCAAGAAGAUUGAAGCCGACCUCAACAAGAAGCGCAACGCUCCAGCUCGCCAACGUCACACAAAGCGUGCUGCCCCCGGUACCGUCUCGUCCCUCCGUCCUACUCAGGCACUCACCGUUCGUGCCAACAUCACCGUCUCCGAGGCGUCGCAAUUGAUGGCCGCUCGGCGUGCUGACUGUGUGCUUGUCAUUGACGACGAAGAGCACUUAACCGGCAUCUUCACCGCAAAGGACUUGGCUUUCCGUGUCGUCGGUGACGCUAUCGAUGCCAGGAGCGUUACGGUCGCUCACAUUAUGACGAAAAACCCCAUGUGUACCCGCAUUGACACCUCGGCAACCGAGGCUUUGGAGACGAUGGUCAGGAAGGGUUUCCGUCAUUUGCCUGUCUGUAAUGAGGAGGGCGACGUCAUUGGUCUCCUCGAUAUCACAAAGUGUUUUUACGAGGCUAUGGACCGUCUCGAGAGGGCGUAUGCGAGCAGCAAGAAGCUGUAUGAUGCUUUGGAGGGCGUACAGAGUGAGAUGGGUGGUCUUCAACAGCCCCAGCAGAUCAUUGCUUAUGUCGAGGCUUUGAGGCAGAAGAUGUCUGGACCUAAUUUGGCUUCUGUUUUGGAUGGUACUCCGCCGACAAUGGUCUCUGUUAGGACUUCAGUUCGUGAGGCGGCUACGUUGAUGAGGGAGAACCAUACUACUGCUAUUUUGGUGAUGGACGGGGAUAACAUCCAGGGUAUCUUCACGAGUAAGGAUGUUGUUUUGCGUGUUAUUGCUGCUGGGUUGGACCCUGAUAAGUGCAGUGUUGUCCGCGUGAUGACUCCUCACCCUGAUACUGCCCCCAUGUCUCUGUCGGUCCAGGGUGCUUUGAGGAAAAUGAACGAUGGACACUACCUUAACCUUCCUGUUACUGACAAUGACUCAGGUGAGGUCGUGGGUGUUGUGGAUAUUUUGAAGUUGACGUAUGCAACGCUGGAGCAGAUUAAUACCAUUCAGGCUAACGAUGGUGAGGGACCUAUGUGGAACCGCUUCUGGAACACUGCGGAUGACGAGACCGCUUCCGUUCACUCUGACAGUCAAAUCAAUCGUGCGCCUACUCCUCUUUCUGAGAUUGCUAUGCAUUCCAACUCGCCUGCUGCUCCGGUCUUGACUCGUCUUGACUCAGUUUUGCCUGGCGACUCUGCAUCACAAGCUCCUGAGUCCGAGGCACAGAGCACUCCUGUACCAUUGGAUGACGAGGUUCCUUUCCCAUUCAAGUUCAAGGCUCCCUCUGGCCGUGUGCACAGAUUCCAGAUCACCCCAAAGGAUGGUUUCCAGGAUCUUCGCACAGCCAUCUCUGAGAAGCUCGGCGCAGAGAAGGAAGAUAUCGGUGGCGACAGCUUCGCUAUCUCCUACGUCGACGACGAGGGUGACAUUGUCGCCAUCACCUCCAGCUCCGAUGUCCUCGACGCCGUUGAUAUCACCCGCCGGGCAAAGCGCGAAAAGGUCGAUCUUUACGUUCAUGACCCAACCAAGGCUGCUGUUCCUGUUGCUGUGCCUCAGCCUGUGCUUGCGCCUGUCAGCGAGGAGGUCAGUACGGUCAGUACUACGAAGGCUGCUCCUGAGCCGGAAGCUAAGCAGGCUAUUUCUGGGGUGCCGAAUGAGUUGUUGUUGCCUAGUGCCCUGGUUACGCUUGCUGUCGCGAUUGUUGUUGUCUUUACUCUCGGAAGGGGAAAGAAGUAAGCACUCUACGUUGGGCAUAUAAUUAGGAG